GUGUCUCUCGCGUCCAAGCGUUGCCUUGGAGGGAGCUCCUUCACUCGGCUAUCUUUGGUGCAGCAGCGGCAGCAGCAGCAGCAGCGCGGUGCGACGGGGCGCACACUGAGUCAGCCAGCCACCCAGCAGCAAUGUCGGAGAGUGGGAGUCAGGAAUCCGCCGCGGCCCCGAACGGCAGCGACAGCCCGUCAAAGAGAGCUCAAAGACCGGCCGUCGGCAACAGAGUGACCGUGGUGCUCGGAGCUCAAUGGGGCGACGAGGGGAAAGGAAAAGUUGUGGAUCUUCUGGCACAAGACGCCAACAUGGUGUGCAGAUGUCAGGGCGGCAACAACGCAGGCCACACGGUGGUGGUUGACUCGGUGGAGUACGACUUUCACCUCCUCCCCAGCGGCAUCAUCAACCCCAAGGUCACCGCCUUCAUUGGCAAUGGUGUAGUGAUCCACCUUCCAGGUCUGUUUGAUGAGGCAGAAAAGAACGAACGCAAAGGUAAAGGUCUAGAAGAGUGGGAGAAAAGGUUGAUCAUCUCAGACAGAGCACAUAUUGUGUUUGACUUCCACCAAGCAGUUGAUGGCGUUCAGGAACAGCAGAGACAAGAGCAAGCAGGCAAGAACCUCGGGACAACAAAGAAGGGGAUUGGUCCAGUGUACUCGGCCAAGGCUGCCCGUAGCGGUCUCAGGAUAUGUGACCUGCUGGCUGACUUCACUAAGUUCUCUGAAAGGUAUAAAGUAUUGGCCCAGCAGUACAAGGCUAUGUACCCUACUCUGGAGAUUGACAUAGAGGGAGAGCUGGUCAAAUUAAAGGACUAUGUGGAGCGGAUUAAGCCCAUGGUGAGAGACGGGGUGCACUACAUGUAUGAGGCUCUUCAUGGACCUCCUAAGAAGAUCCUGGUGGAAGGAGCCAACGCAGCACUACUGGACAUAGACUUUGGGACGUACCCGUUUGUGACAUCGUCCAACUGCACGGUGGGCGGGGUGUGUACAGGUCUCGGCAUGCCGCCUCAGAACGUUGGCGAGGUUUAUGGCGUCGUCAAGGCGUACACCACCAGAGUCGGCAUUGGAGCUUUCCCCUCAGAGCAGAGCAACGACAUCGGAGAGCUACUUCAGACUCGGGGGAAGGAGGUGGGCGUGACCACAGGCAGGAAGAGGCGAUGUGGUUGGCUGGAUCUGGUGCUCAUCAAAUAUGCACACAUGAUUAAUGGCUUCACUGCUUUAGCACUCACCAAACUGGACAUACUUGACGUGUUCGCAGAGAUCAAAGUGGGCGUAGCGUACAAAGUCGACAACCAAACUAUACCUCACUUUCCAGCCAAUCAGGAGGUGUUGCAACGUGUGGAGGUAGAGUACGAGACGCUGCCGGGCUGGAACAGCGAUACCUCGGCUGCGAGGAGCUUUGACGAGCUGCCUGAGAACGCCCAGAAAUAUGUCCGCUUCAUUGAGGAGCAUGUGGGAGUGCCUGUCAAGUGGAUCGGAGUGGGAAAGUCUCGGGAGUCCAUGAUCCAGCUGUUCUAGACGAAUGGAGGAGAAAAUCAAGCAAAGAGGAUGCACAGCAGCGAAUCAACUGUACCCUUCUCCCCCUCCACCGACAUACACACAGCCUACCUACCUGUCUCAACUCUCCAACGGAGAUCAUCAUGUCUGUUUUUAAUGCUUUACCUGAGUGUCACAGCGUUACUCUCUGGAUCAGACUCGAAUCAGACUGACCUCCCUGUAUGAAUGUUUCCCAGCGUCUCCAUCUGGAUUUUAACAGUUUUAAACUCUAGGAUAACAGCUCCACAGUCAAGUCCCUCUCUUUAAUUUGUCCCCGUUUAUACCGUAGCCAUUUACUUCAGACAUACAACACACUAGGCGACACCAGCUGCCAUCGUGGUCUGAGAGGACAUGAGGGAACGGACUCUCACACACGCACGCACACACACACACACACAGAUUGACGCAGACACGGGUUCACCGCCCAGAGGAACUGUCCACAGACGUUUUGGUUGGUCAAACUUUGUUCAAGUGUAUUUUUGUUAAUCUAUGCUGUGUUUUAAAUGCGCUGUGCCAGUCUGGUGUAAAUCAGUUUAAAGGUUUUAACCUCAGUACUUUAGAUGCUUUGGACUAUAUCUGCUUUAUGUUUUAUUCUGCUGGGUUUACCUCAAAUCCUGACAUGAUAAAGGGAUCUUGUUGUAUUUGUAAUGUGUCUUUUUGUGAUGUUUUUUUUUUUUUUUCAUCAGACAGAUGAGUAAAGACAUCUUAUAUUGCCUUGUCAUUCAACCAAACAAUAAGCUUUUAAAUUUCCUGUAGCUAGUCACUGCUUCCACUGAAUGCUGUUGAUGAAGUACUGAUGCCCUUCUUGUCGUACUGUGAGAAGGCUCAUGGGUUUUGGGUUUAUUUUAGCAGGUGAGUUUUUCCAUGAGCUGGUACAGAGAGUCUGGUAUAACAAAUGAAAAUCAAUUCAAUAGGCCAGCAUCUUUCUACUCACAUUCUUCUGAUUGUUUAAAUUAUUAUUACCAUUGAUUUCUAUGCACUUUCAGUACAAUGUUCUGUUAAAGUGUAAAGGAAGGCAACGGUAACAACUUUUACACCAAGAGAAGUGUAAAUAUGGAUUGAUAAAACUGUAUAAGAGA